CCAUAUUUAUUUCAUCAAUUGAAAGAGAAAAACAUAAAUAAAAGACUGAUAAUUUUAAUUAAUGAUAAUAUGGAGAAAACGUCCAUAGGAAUUUUAUGGAAAGCUUUUAUAAGAGGUUCCAAUGAAUCUCGUGAAAUAUUACCAGAAAAAACCAAUUACGAUUUAAAUUUUCAAGGUGAAGAAGCACGACUAACUUAUGAAGAAAUAAUCAAACAAGAGGGUGAAAUAAUUACGACGAAAAAACCUACAUCUCUAAGACUGAAAAGUAGUAAUGCACAGAGCAUCUUGCAUACAAAAUCGCUAUUGGAUUCGGUUCAACAGAAAAAAACUCAUGCGACUGAAAAUACAGUCAUAAAAGUUACGAUAAAUGCCAUAUUAAAAGCAGUAGAACAGAAGGAUUUAAAAUUUUUACAGAAACAUAUUACAGUGGAGAAUGUUAACGUAUCGGACGACUUUGGUUGGACUCCUUUAAUGUCGGCUGCUUAUUGCGGUCAUUUAGAAGUAAUCGAAUUUUUAUUACAGCUAGGGGCAAACAGAAGAAUAAAAGAAAAGUCUGGCCUUACAGCGGCUCAAUUAGCUUUGAAAAGAAAUCAUUUGAAUAUAGUUGCUUUGCUGAGGAAAAAGCAUGAUUUAACGAAUAUAAAAACUCAAACGGAUAAAUUAGAAUUAACGGAAAUAUCAAAGAAUUCUAAAGAAAGCAUAUGUGGUGACGACGAGGAUAAUGUCAAAGACAAAUGGCAAGAGAAUACGCAUUUUUAUUGCGACGUAUGUAAAAGAAAUUUUCGAGAGACGACGGUGAAAAAGCACGAAGCCUCUACUUUACAUAUUUUUAAUACCAAACCAAAACUGCCAAAUGCAAUAUACGGUAUAUCGAAACAAAAUAAAGGUUAUCAAAUGCUUUUAAAUACUGGUUGGGAUGAGGAAGGGGGACUUGGUCCAUCCGGCAAAGGAAUUAAAUAUCCAAUUAAAACGACACUUAAAAUGGAUCGCAAAGGUUUAGGACAACCUGGUGAAGUAGAAUCUAGAAUAACACAUUUUAUGCCCGGCGAUACAAAUGCAGUUAAAAAUGUUAGAAUUUAUAAACAAAAACCAUUGAAAAAGAGAGACAGAGAAAAGUUACUCAACAGAGAAGCUAGAAAAGAAAGAGCGCUUCGUAUUGCAUUGUCUUAAUGUUUAAAUUGCUUUUUACAAUUUCACUAAUCUUUAUGUGAAACCUAAGACUGAAUAGAAACAAUGUAUAAAUUGUCAUAAAUACUGCAAGUUCAUACUAUUUCUUUGUGCUUACAUGUGAUACAAUACAAAUAAAAAAAAGGCUACAACGUUUGAAACAGUAUCAAGAAGAAAAGCAAAUAAAAAAAUAAUUGUUAGUUUGUCAAGAAUAAAUGUCCAACUGUAAGAUAACAUUUUGAAUGUAUAAGAGAUCAAGAUUGCGAAAGGAAGAAAAAAAACGUGAAAAAUGAGAAUAAUUAAAUCGUUUUUACUUGAUAUCUUGAAGCGCUUUAAUUGCGUAAGAAUCAUAUUAAUAUAAUUUAUGAUAUAUUUACAUAAUAUAUUUUAUUACAUUUUAUAAUUGUUAUA